CCGUCGGACGGCGGCCAGGACGCUGGCGUGAGGCAGUUGGAGCUGAGGAGUCCGGCAGUGUCCUUGCGCUCCCGCCCUGCUUCGGUACGCAGUUGCCGCUGGAGGCUUUGCAGGUGAAAAGAUGGCGUUUGUGAAGAGUGGAUGGUUGCUGAGACAGAGUACUAUUUUGAAGCGCUGGAAGAAGAAUUGGUUUGACCUGUGGUCAGAUGGUCACCUGAUCUAUUAUGAUGACCAAACUCGGCAGAGUGUGGAGGAUAAGGUCCACAUGCCUGUGGACUGCAUCAACAUCCGCACGGGACACGAAUGUCGGGAUAUUCAGCCUCCAGAUGGGAAGCCAAAAGACUGUCUGCUGCAGAUUGUUUGCCGAGAUGGGAAAACCAUCAGUCUUUGUGCAGAAAGCACAGAUGAUUGUUUGGCCUGGAAAUUUACACUUCAGGAUUCCAGGACAAACACAGCUUAUGUUGGCUCAGAAGUCAUGUAUGAUGAGACUGCCGUGGUUUCCUCCCCACCUCCUUACACAGCCUAUGCUGCACCAACCCCUGAGCAGGCAUACGGCUAUGGUCCGUACAGUGGUGCAUACCCACCAGGAACUCAAGUUGUCUAUGCUGCAAAUGGGCAGGCUUAUGCUGUACCCUACCAGUACCCAUAUGCAGGACUUUAUGGACAGCAGCCUGCCAACCAAGUCAUCAUUCGUGAACGGUAUCAAGACAAUGACAGUGACCUGGCACUGGGCAUGCUGGCUGGAGCAGCCACAGGCAUGGCCUUAGGGUCUCUGUUCUGGGUCUUCUAGAGUCCUUGGAACCUGGAUGUGCAUAGCUUCUGAUACCCUGUGUGCAAUAAUAUAAUUUGCAGGGCAUUUCUGUUUGUUACAAAUGUUUUUAAUAAUAGUCUCAGUAGUUAUUUUGAAAGUAGUGACAUCAUACUUAUAACUAAUCCAUAUAAGUACCACGGAGAAGGCUUUGGACUGCUGUUAAAACUAUUUGGACUAUUUGGGGGCACUGGCUCAUUCUAGGAGUUUUUUAAUGGAACUCUCAGAAUAUGUUAUUUGAACACACCUGUUUGGAAAGGGCAUUUUUCUUUUAGAGUUAGGCCUUAGUGCUUAAGGGGUAGUUAUUUUAGUGUUACGCGAGUAACAU